UAUAUCUUUCGAGGCAUAGUUUGUUUUGAUAAGUCAGAUCAAAUGUCUUGCAUCAGGGAGAUAUAAGAUCUGAUCUAGUAGCUUGUUUCCUCAAUUUUCUAUUUCUAUUUAAACUUGAUAAUUUUCUCCAGCUAUUACUUUUUUAUAAAUUGAUUAUUUUAUUUUUCAGUUUGCUAUUUCCUAUAUUUAAAGAAAAAAAUUGCUAAAGAUUGAAGUCCUAGUUGGGUUGAGUAUGGGGGGGUCCGGGACAGGUCAAGUUAGGUAUGGGUUGUUAAAAUCGUAUUACAGAAAAUGGGUCUAUAUAGGUUAAUUUGGUCCAACCCAUAUGUGACCUGCCCAAACUCGACCUGAACCACCUGCUUGACACCACUACAUGAAAGGAACUGCAUAAUAUCUCUGAUUUGUUCCUUUAAGUUGUUCUUGAAUCUUGAUAUUCUGCUAUUUUUGCUAUAUUUAUGUAUUGUUUUGCUAAUAUGGCAAUAAUUUUUCUGCCUCUGGUCUGCAUCUUAUUUUUAUUACAUUUGUGCAAGUUUCAUUGAGCUGUUCGACCAGUUGAACUUUGAUUAUUUCAGGUGUAUAUUGCUGCAAAGGUUUGAGAUAUGGAUGAAACAAUGAAACAAUUCCAGCAAAGUCUUGUUGAGCUUGAAAUUGAAGCAGAGAGACUUCUCUUAGCUCGAAAUCAGCUUGUGGAAAAUGAUAAAUUGCGGAAUGGAAAUAGGGAAGCACUCACAGCAUUAAGAAAGAAGGCUCGCACAACAAAAACUAGUGUUCCAUCUCCUUUUGAGUCGCUUAUGAAGAUCGGUGGUUCAGGAUCAAGGCCCUUGGUGCAUGAGGUGUGUGCAACAUGUGGUAAUCAUGACCCGAAUGAGCGCACAUGGAUGAUGUUCCCUGGAACUGACAUUUUUGCAAGCAUCCCUUUUCACGCUGCACAUUCUAUUUUGGAAGAAGAACAAUCCCAGCUGGAUUUUGAGGUAAAGAGAUUGCAGAGCUAUGUAAAGGAUAAGUCAAUUGCCAUUUCAAAUAAAGGUGCACUUGCUGAUAAGAUCAGUCCUGGUGUUCUUCGAUCUCUGGUGACCUUAACAGACAAACAAAAAGUAGCAGAACAUUCUUAAUCAUUCUCUCAGUGAAAAGCCUAGUGUAACAGCAAAAAAGCUUUUGAUGGAAGACUCUGUUCAUACACAUGGAAGCGAGGGAUGCAUUUCCUGAAGAUGUUUUUCUGCUGUAGUAUGUCUGCUUACAAAUGAUGAGUCGGUGGAGACAGCGCGGAGGAAGCAUGAAAAAGAAAAUUCAAGAGUUUUAAACUUGAAGUACAGGAGAUGAAGCUAUUGUUCUAAAGAUGUCUCAAAAGGUAGGUAGUGAUAUGGAUGGUUGACAUUGGAACCCUUCUGCCUUAGCUGCUUCCUGUUUUGGUACGGAGUCUUGGAAACCUAUGGCUAUUGAAAAGUGUGCUAAUCUCUUUCAUUAUGA